AUGACUGUCGGAAUAGCACUCGUCGGUAGUGGUAUCUUCGCCCGGGAAGAGCAUCUCCCUGCCAUCCAGACAACUGCAAAAUUGAGCUUGAAAGCAAUCUACUCGCGCUCGCUCAAAUCUGCACAGACACUUUCUGAGAAGCUGUCCGACGUGGAGCUCUACAGCGAUGAUCAGACAGGCCAGAGCUUUGAUGACCUCCUGAAGAGAGAUGACAUCAAGGGGGUCAUCAUCGCUUUGCCAAUCCUAGCUCAGCCAGAGUAUAUAAAGAAAGCGUUAGCUGCCGGCAAGCAUGUACUCGCAGAGAAGCCAAUUGCCAAGGACGUUGCCACCGCUCAAGAAUUGCUAUCGUGGACGCAAUCCAAAGCCAGCACGUCCGCCACCUACACCGUCGCAGAAAACUUCCGCUUUCUCGACUCUUUCCUCUACGGGUCCCAGCAAAUUUCUUCCUUGGGCCGCAUCCUUACCUUCCGUGCCCGUGUUGCCACUUUAGUUCAACCAGGUGGCAAGUACUUCGAAACUGCGUGGCGUAAGGUGCCAGAGUACCAGGGCGGAUUCUUGCUAGACGGCGGUGUGCACAUCAUUGCCGCAAUACGCCUGCUGCUCUCUGGUGGCAAGCAGAAUAUUAAGGUUGCUAGUGCAUUCACAGCGCAAUUGCAAGAGCACCUCCCACCGGUCGAUACGCUCAACUCAACCCUGCAGCUCUCAAACGGCUCAUCGGGUACGCUAUCAAUAUCCUUUGGCACUACAGAUAAGGGCUCGGAAUAUCUCAUCGCUUGUGAGAAUGGGAGCGUGCACGUGAGCAUGGGUAAGGUCACUGUGACCAAAGCCGGGAAAGAGGCAGAAGUAAGGGAAUUCAAGGAUGAAGGCAAUGGCGUGCGUCAGGAGGUCAGCGCCUGGGCAGAGAGCAUAGAGAAAGGAGUGAGGAAUGAGAUGCAGAGCCCGGAGGAAGCGUUGCGGGACCUGGAAGUUCUAGAGGCGUGCUUGAGGAGUGGUGAGCAAGCAGGAAAACCAGUGGAACUUACACUAUGA